AUGGCCAGACUUUUGUCCCUAAAGCCAUCAUGUCUCCACGUCAAACUUCCUCCAGUCAAGUGGAUCCACUUCACCAUGCACGAGUCUCAGUUCCUGGACAUGAGUGAGUACCAACAUGCGUGGAGCUACACCUGGAAAGCAAUCCUCCUCGCCUCCGGUGUCCCCCACGACGGCAGCACAGAGCCGGCGCGAUUCCUACUGUCCAAGCACGACGACCACGCCCUCGCUGUUCUACUUCGGACAACGAUCGCCGCCAAGAAUAUCGGAAAGCUGGACAUCCUGAGCAAGGAGGAGGCGGCCAGAUUCUCGGUCCGCGGCAAGCCCCUGGAGGUCAUCGAGUGCGAGCUCAGCAAGCACGAGGACAUCGAGCACGAGGUCGAGACAGAAACUGAGGAUUAG